CUCAAUGGGUGGGCUCCAGGAGGAUGUUCAAGCUUGUGUGAUGCAAAUGCAGCAAGCCGCUUGCAAGCCCGAGGAUGCCUCGAGAUUCAAGAUCUCGAGUUUUGCUCUGCUCCAAGCAAAGCCAUGGCCUCCGAACAGAUGGUGCAUAUGAGUCAAGGACAAGGGGAAACUAGCUAUGCUCGCAACUCCAGUUUUCAGAAGGCUGAGCAGAACAGGAUGAAAUCCCUCAUAGAAGCGGUCAUCGCCGACUUAUGCGGCAGCAGCAGUACCUUGUUGCAUGGAAAGGUAGUAAUCGCGGACUUGGGAUGCUCCUCCGGCCCAAAUGCGCUAGCACUGGUAUCAACUGCCAUCAAUGCCAUCCACAGCCAAUGCCUUCACUUACAGCAGCCACCACCUGAAGUAUGCGUGCUACUCAACGACCUGCCUGACAAUGACUUCAACACGGCGGUGAAGAGCUUGGUCACGCUCCGUCAAAGCAAGGAUCCUGUUGUCCUGACCGGUGUCAUACCGGGGUCGUUUUACGAGCGGCUCUUUACUAGUGACUCCUUGCAUCUUGUAUGCGCGUCCAACAGCUUGCAAUGGCUCUCAAAGGCUCCUGAGGAUCUAACGAGAAAUCGCAUCCCAGCGUUCGAUACUGAUGAACAUGUUAGGCAUGAAAGGCUCCCAAUCGUCCGUGAGGCUUAUGCACAUCAGUUCAGGGAAGAUUUCACACUUUUCCUGCAGCUGAGAGCCAAAGAAUUGGUCUCGGGAGGCCGAAUGGUUAUUUCCCUAGUAGGGACGCGUUCUAAUGUAAUUGCUUCCAAAUUCUUUCUUUUCCCAGGAAUUGUAGCUCAAAUUCUAAGUGUCAUGGUCACUGAGGGUGUGAUCGACAAAGAAAAGUUUGAUUCUUUCUAUGUGCCCGUGCAUGGACCUUCCGGCGAAGAGGUGAGGGAAAUCAUUGAAGAAGAGGGCUCCUUUUCCAUCAGGGAGAUGCGGGUGCACGACCCUACGACCGAAAUGAACACUGCUCUGAGCACCCCAAGGAAGUUCGUCAAUAAUCUGAGAGCCUUAUUCGAGCCGAUAAUAGUCCAGCAUUUUGGAGACAUUAUGGAUGAAUUUGUGAGGACUGCGGAGCUGCACUGGAGCCUGGAUCCGGAUGGGAGCUUGCAAGAGGAGCGGGCCAGAACCUCUCGAGCUAUGCUGGUUGUAUCCCUCGCAAAGGUGUCAUGAUGAAGUAAAGGUGCCUGAAGAUUACAUGCACCGAAUUUCAUAAAAUUGUACUAUUGCUUACUUUGAAGCAACAAUGUGUGCCCAUUUAAUUGUGUGAACUACUGUAGUAGUGGUGUUCCGUGAAUGUACUCAUGGAUGCACCAAAUGAACUUCCAUCUCGCAUAUAAAUAAGCAAAAUGCCGUUGCGUGUGCAAUGUGGUGUGAUGUAUGGUGUGCACAAAUUCAGCCAGACAUUUGUGUCAUGUAUCUGUUUUAGUAAGAUCUGCAAUGAGAGUGAAGCAGCCAGAAAUUCCAACCUUCGUUA